AUGACCAGCAAAGGUCUUCUGCGAGUGCAGCGUCAGAGCCAAGACCGCGACCUACAAGCUCCAAAGUACAAGAGCCCAAACUACAAGAAGACUCAAGAAGUCAUGCCGCCGACUACUCUCAUGUCGUUAUCUGACGAGCUUCUCGCCCACCUCUGCAGCUAUGCCAUGACCCACCAGCCGCCUCCUCCAAUUACCAAAACGACAUCCUACCUACAACACCCGCCUCCAGGCUUAAUCUCCGAACAAAUCUCAAAAACGCUCCGUGGCCUUCUUACACCCUUCCGAUGCUGCAGCCGGCUCUACCGUAUCGCAAAACACCAGUUUCUCGAAUCCAACAUCAUCCUUCUCCAUCUCAGCGAUAUUCGUGGCUCAGCAAGCAGGCUAGAGUUCACCUCUGGAACUUCGCAGAUGAUCAUGACCGGCAACCCUGAGACUUUGCUGCGAAACCUUGUACACGUUGAGCUUGUCGUCAGCAUCUCCGACAUGCGAGCACCUUUCAGUCAACCUUUCGCCUCUAGAACUUCUGGGAAAUUGUGGAAGAGCGGAAGUGAUGUGUUGAGUUUGAACAGGGAAGCGCAGAAUUUGAAGCGCCUUGCUGUGCUGUGUCCAAAUUUGAGAACGCUGCAUGUUUGUCUCAAGGUUGAUGAGUGGGUACUGUAUGGCAAGGGGCCGGAGUUGAAGAGGAAGACACAGGAGGAGGUGGAGGCUGGCAAUGCCAAUGAUGCUGGCAGUAGAUACUUGAGGCUCGCGGAGUUGGUUGUGGAGCUGGCGAGGGAAGUGGAGGUAAAGUUCGUGACGGUUUCGUUCAAUCAUUGGAGGAGUUCGGCGGAGGCUGUAGAUGUGCGAGAGAAGAGUCCGGAGGAAGUCCUGGAUGCUUGUAUUGGGAGCAGUUUGCAUGAGACCUGGUUUGGACCUAUUGCGAGGAUCGGAUAA